AUGGCUGAACCAGAGCAGCAGCAACAGCAGCAUGAGGAGCCAGAUCAGAACCAUGAAGAUGAACUGCCCACAAUGCGGGAGUCUGCCGCGCCAGCUCUACGACCAGAACCAUGGCUGGUUUACCUCCAUGGUAAGAAGAACAAGAAGUCACUAAUCUACAGCUUGUCAGAACGACGCCACCAUGUCAAGCACAUACCUGAAAUACGAAAUCAUCGAAUCUUCACCACUUCUCAUGGUUGGUUUUUUCUCUAUGCUUGGGAUGGUGAUUGCUUGCUGCUAAACCCAGUCACCAUGGAGAAGAUCCCGUUACCCAAUUGGUCCAAAUACCACUUGAAGCCUGCCAACUGUGUCCUUUCUUCUCCUCCACAUGAUCCUAGCUGUGUUUUUAUGUUCCAAUCACGUAUGAGGGGGACGAGUUUGCUAUACUGCAAGCCUGGGGAUGAGGAUUGGACGACACUAGUAGUACCUACCGAGAUGUAG